AUGAUCACUAGAUCUCGACGGAGCAACCGCAACGAAGAGCUUCUGAUCCUGUCCAACGCAGAACUUGCAAGAGUAGAACGAGCAAACAGACAACGAAGGCCGAAUCCAGCCGACAUGGGCGAUAACGGCAAUCCCGAACAUGGCUGCUCAGUUGCAGCAGCUUCAGCAGCAGAUCGAGCAGAUGCGGAAGGCUCAACAAGAUCGAGAACCGCAACCUCGUCUGCUAUUGGAGACAAGGACAAUCCGCACACCUUCUAUCAAAACCGGUCUGCGAUUGUCCCUCCAAACGUGCAGAGGCAAGACUUCGAGAUCAAGCCCGGCAUGAUCGCUCUAGUCAAGGAUCACAUCUUCCAUGGACUUCCUGCUGAGAUUCCUGCGGACCAUAUCCAGAACUUUGAGGAGAUAUGCAGCACGACUGGUUCGAAUGGAGUACCGGCUGACUUUCUGAAGUGCAAGCUAUUCCCAGCAGCUUUCCUGGACCACUUCUACACGAAGUCCAAGAAUGCAGCUCUAAGGACGAAGAUCGCAUCUUUCCAGCAGUAUGAUGGAGAAGCUUUCUGCGAAGCAUGGGAGAGAUACAAGGAGUGCCGAAGAGAGUGUCCUCAUCACGGAUACUCUGACGAGCAGAUCCUGAGCAUCUUCUAUGAUGGAGUCAACUGGGACUACAGAAUGCUUUGA